UCUUCUGUGACUUCAGACCGACUUUCACAGGUUUUAUGGUUCCACACCUCCAGGAUGGUUCGCGUGAAGGUCAGAGGCGUCUGAAAACAGCUCAGAGGCUUCAGUGCACUUGCACUUGUUCUUCUGAUACACCCAUGUGGAGGUCAGCCUCAGGAGAGCGCGACAUCUCUCUCAGUGGUGGCAACGGUUGGUGAGGACACAGUUCUUCCAUGUCACCUGGAGCCGGCCGUGGAUGCCAGCGGCCUCACGGUGGAGUGGGCCAGACCGGACCUGCAGCCCAGAUACGUCCUUCUGAGGAGAGACCGCGUGCGGCUUCGGCAUGAGGAGAACCCUUCGUAUGUGGGGAGAACCUCACUGGCCACCAACAAUCUCAGGUGUGGGGACGUUUCCAUGAAACUCUCCAGAGUGAAACUCACUGAUGCAAGAACCUACAAAUGCUUUGUUCCCGACUCGGGUCCAGAAUCAGUGGUCAGGCUGACGGCAGGUUCUGUCUCCUCACCUAACGUAGUGAUUUCCAAAGUCGGCAGCGCAGUGCUUCUUCACUGUGAGUCCAGAGGCUGGUACCCGGAGCCGGAGCUGCUGUGGCUGGACGCUGAGGGGAAGCUGCUCUCUGCUGGACCUCCAGAGACCCUCAGAGGUCCUGAUGACCUCUAUAGUGUCAGUAGGAGCGUGACGGUGGAGAAGAGACACAGAAACAGCUUCACCUGUAGAGUCCAGCAGAGGAACAUCAACCAGACCAGAGAGACUCUCAUCACGGUUCCAGCUGAUCUCUUCAAGGUAGAAACCAGUUCUGCCGUCCGCAUCACCAUCUUCUCUGCUGUUUGCAUCGUGGGGGUUGUGGCGGUUGUCGCUGUUGUGUGGAGAUGUGGAAAAGAAGAAACCAAGACCACGAGCAGCAGACCAGAACCAGAACUUCAGCCUCUGACGGAGGGAGGAAGAGACACAGAGAAGAACAUGACCUGCAGUGAGGAAACAUUUGAAGAGGACUUGAAGGAAAAUAGUGCAGAAUUAGAACUUCUACAACAUGUGGUGAAAACUCUGAUGGACCAGACGAAAGAUCUGAGGAAGCAGAGAGAGGUGCUCAUCUCACAACAGCACGAGAACCAGACACAGAUUCAAGAGUUCAAGAAGAAGAAGAAGAAGAAGAAGAAGAAGAACAAAUGCAAACUAGAGAAUCUUGAGAAGAGGGAGAACGAACACAUGAAACUGUUACAGAGCACACAGGAGCUGCAGGAUUCUACAGAGGAGAUGAUUAUUAAGAUGACAGAAAGGACGGGCAGAAUCCUGAGAGAUCAGGAGAAAAUAAGAAGCAAACUCCAGAAGACUGAAAGAAAGACAAAAGAGAUUCAGAGUCCACUUGAGUCACAGAGAGAAGAGGAAGAAACCUCAAAGACAUCAGUGUGAUCCUUGGACUGCUUACUACACAAACCAUGUGACCACGCGAUGAACCAUGUGACCACACCAUGAAACCAUGUGACCACACCAUGAAACCAUGUGACCAUGCAAUGAACCAUGUGACCACGCCAUGAACCAUGUGACCACACGAUGAACCAUGUGACCACACCAUGAACCAUGUGACCACACCAUGAACCAUGUGACCACGUUGAACUACUGGUCAUAAAGUAACUUUGUUAAUCAACGACCUUAUUUUAUAUACAUCGUGUUGCAUAAUUACCUUUUUCCAAUAUAUUCUGUAUAAAAUAUCCUUUUCUUUAUUCUUGGAAAUGAGUGUGAGAAUACACUUAGUUUUGUAUUUUUCAUGAUAUACAUUUCAUAAUGUGUUUUACUUUUAGAGAAUUUAUAAACAUUCACAAUUAUUGUAAAAUACUCACAUUUUCUAAUACGUCAAGCCAAACAACUGUAAUGUAACCUGAUAAAGUUUGUUUGUUUCUAAAAUAAACUGAUUUUGUUCUUGA